UCGCCGCCCCCUACAGGUUAGCUUCCAGAGUGAAAGGUUCAGGUGAGGGAGAGCAGGGACGGACAGAGAUUGGAUUCUCUCCUGCUCGGGGGAACAAUCUAUUCAGUUUGCUGGUUUAAUCGUUAACCCGAAAACUGAACCCUGUAGACCGGUGACAGCGUUUUAUGGAAUUGAUAUGAACUUUACAGGGGAGUCUUUUUUUCAACUUUUAAGCAGUUUCUUCCACCUUUGAUGAACUCGGCUCACCAUUUGCUGUAGUUUGUGGAACCGGAAUAACUAGUUUAUUCCCUGUUUUUUUUAAACGCCUGGUUUCAGUUUGCCAGCAAGACGCCGCUGAUGAAAGAUUUGAUGUGAAGACCUGGGAACAAAUGAAACAGCAAAAUGUCUGAUGUUAAUAAAGUUCCAAGAGGUUCUGAUAGAAAUCGACCUUCAAACAGACCUCAUCGGGAAAAAAGAUAUCAAGACCACACGAGUUCCGAGAAUAAUCAUUCUGGCAAACGCAGCAGAGAAGAUCGUCGAGAUUACAGGGAGUCUCACCAAAGCAAACCCAAUUCUUCCCGACAACCAUACUCUCCAAGCGAAAGUAAACAUGAUUCACGAGAAGAAUACUCCCAACCUCCUGGUUCUAGAGUACCACCAUCUCAUCCAAACAGUCGGCCAUCUUCUUCCUCACCACCUUAUUACAGCUCACCAUCACUAACUAACACUCCUCCCACUCCUCCCAAAGAAUCGUUUGGGACAAAGUGCUCCUACAUGUGCUCAAGAAGAGGGUUGUUGCAGAUCUUUGAAAUCAUUCUGAACCUGGUGGUGCUGAUCUGUGCUGCAGCAACCCAGAGUGCCUCUGCUGGCUUCGACAGCAUCGGAGGCUUCGGGAGUACUUACUAUUACAACAUGGGCUAUGCUAACAGCGGAUUUCUAAAUCACGAAGUGCAGCAGAUCGGCGAGCUAGAUGUUCAGUACAACAGGAUGAAGUCGGCCACUGUGUACUGUGCAGUAGGGCUCAGUGUCAUUCUGUUUGCUUUUGCCGUGGCCUUUCUUGUUGCCGGAUGCAUAAUGCGACACAACAGGUCCUCUGUGCAGGACAGCACAGUCUUGAACUUCCUGAUCAUGGAGUGUGUGGUGAAGGCUCUCGCAGCUGUGGUCUAUCUUAUUGGAGUGGCAUUGUACCUUCACUUCAUUCAUAAAAUUAAUGCCACUGACACAUGCAAGCAGAGGGAGUCACUCUACAAUAGACAUGGCUACAGCUCGGUGAAAUGUGCCAUACUGGGCACCGAAGUUGCCGUUUCCAUCUUUGCUGUCAUGCUGAUCAUUGUGUACGUUGCCGAAGUGGUACUCGGAGUUCUGGCUUACCGAAAGGUGCACGCAGCGCGACCAGAAUACACCAAACCUCUGGGCACCUCCGUCGGGCAUCCUGCUACAUCCCCUGAGUUGGCACCAAUUCAACCCCAGUUAUCAUACAUAUAAACUUGAGUUUAAACAUGUAUACCACUGUGGAUGCUGAAAAUCUUAAACAAAAACAGUGUGUGCAACAGGUCUGAUUGCAUCUGCAGAGAGAGAAAGACACAGUUGACAUAUUGAGACCAAUGACUCUUCAAAGAUAGCUGGGGAAGGGCCGAAUUUACCCUGAUGUCAGAGUGGAGUUAGGGGUAAGAGGUUAAAAGUAAAGUCACCCUAAUCGGAGAGAGUCGAACGGCGAUGGCUUAACCUGAGGGUCACCCUGCCUCAGGCGAGGAGAGACAUUGAACAGGAGUCCUAUACAGUGACCUCAGCUGAUGUGGGAAUUGAACCCAUACUGUUGGCGUCUUUCAGCAUUACAAACCAGUUGUCCAUCCAGUUGAGCUGAUAGAAUAUCUAAUGUCCUGAGAGAGAGAAAAGGGAUAGGCAGUCCAGGUGAUUGCUGCUGAGACAGACAAAUUAUGGCCAGGUAUUAAAUCUCUGUUUUGCCUAUCCCUUUUUCUCUUUAGGUACUCUCUCUAUGUACUCUACUCAGUGCAUCCACACCAUCAUCAAUGUAAAAUUCAGCCUCCCCCAACUAUCUUUGGUGGUUCAACUCGAAACAUUUUCUCUCUACAACUAUUGCCAGACCUGCUGUUAUUAACUGAAAUGUCCUGUCCAAACGUUGCCAUGGUACCUUUAAUAAUACACACAGCAAGAUACAGUUGCCUGAUUUUUUAGGUCUCAGGAUCUACAACUGGUUUUAGAAACAGAAGCUGCCAACUCUUGCCAGUCUUAUAUAACAUUGAUGCAAAAUUUGUGUAAUAAUUUUUGUGAAUGAAUAGCUAAACCUUUUGUGCAUUCAGAAACUGUGGGUCUGAAUUCCUGUUAUGGAGAACACAAUUGCAACCUGACUCUUAUGCUUCCACUCUGAGCUUCUUUAUAGAAUCACUACUCUUUAUGCUGCUGAAGAGUAUUUAAAUAGAAGGACAGUAGUAUUGUGUACAUGGGCAGGAGCGGGUUGGAAAUGUACGGGGCAGGGAAGAAAGUGUAAUGUGAUUUUGCAGCUGUUUCUCUAAACAAGAGUCUCAGAUUACACAAUGGGCCAAGUUCAACCACCUGGUUUUUACCAUUGUCACAAUUAGUAGAAAUUAAUGUGCGUUUUCAUGUGUUUUGUUUUGGGCAGGACAGUGGGUUUUGUGCCUACCCCAUUUUCAAAGCACUCUCUCACUCUCUCACUCUCUCUCUCACUCUCUCACUCUCUCACUCUCUCUCUCACUCUCUCACUCUCUCACUCUCUCACUCUCUCACUCUCUCACUCUCUCACUCUCUCUGUUGGAAACAGGACCUGAAGUCCUGCUACACUGUAGGCCACCCCCUUGACACCGCAGUGUAGAUGGUUAAUGUAGAGGGGUCAUUUUGCUGUCGGAUACCUUGGAAAAUGCUAUAAUUAACACAAUCACCUCUUGAGUCAGAAAGGUCAAGUCCAGCUCAGGGACUUGAGGACAGAAAUCAAGGCUAAUGCUUUGCUGCAGUGCUGUUAGAGGUGCCACCUUUCAUAUGAAAAGUUAAAUCUGUAUUCUCAGGCAAAUAUUGAAAUAUCCUGUAACACUGGUUAGAAAAAGAAUGAGUGGAUUUCUCCAAAUCUCAACUCUCGUGUCUUUACCAAUAUUUAUCUCUCAAUCAUCACCAUAAAAACUGACAACAUGUUGCUGGUUGUGGGAGUUUGCUGCGUACAAAUUAGCUGCUGUGUUUUCUACAGUAAAAUAGUGAAUACACUAUUUCCUUGCCUGAAAAGUGCUUUGAGAGGCGUAGUGGUCAUGUAAAUUUGCUACAUAAAAGUAAGAUUUUCUUUUCCUUUUCAGCAUGAUUAUUUAAGUAGAACUCCAAUGCCAUCAUGUAGCAGUCACAUUCUGACCUAUAUUUCAAAGUUGAGAUGGGUAAGCUAUUAUGGGAAUAUAUGAAUCUAAUUACACUAUUUAACUACUCUCCCCAACUGUGUGUAAUCUCUCCAUUAUUAAUGGACAGAUUCUUUACAAAGAUAAAAUGGAAAAAAAACCCACAAUUAUCAGAUGGCAGUGACAAAAUAGCCAAUUUGAAUUGAUCACUAUACAUUGUGUGGAUUCAAUAAUGUGUCUAGUUACACUUAGUGUAAUGGUAGUUAAUAUUACAAACUGGGUACAUUAGUCACCCCUCUUUUUCAAGUCUAGACGUUUACAUAUGUGCCAGUAGCCUCUCACGACUGCAACUUUUCUUAUGGAAAUGAUUAAGCAAAGCUACAAGUUAUAGACGGGAAGCUGCAUGGCAUCCUAGGUCUGAAGCACUUUACUGAACAUGCAUUCCUGCUAAGGGAUUGAAUUUGGGAGGUAGGUUAACAAUUUGGAUCAAACAGCUGGAGAAUAUUGACGGAUUUUGAAUUUUUUUGUGAGUUUAUGCCCUUUCAUUUGCAGCUGUAAUGAGGUUUCUGUUUAAGAGGAAAUAAUGACCUAUUCUAUCAAUCCAACUAUUAUAAACCUGCUGAAAGGGCACAUUUGGCCUGACUAUUGAUCCUUUGUCAUUUCUCAGAUCUAAAAUUUGAGAAUAGUUUUGACUCUCCACUUUUUACUACACAUUGCAAAAAUGCGAGCAUGUUAAAGAUGUGAUGUUUAAGAUGAUGUAGCACUGACAGCAGUCACAUGCUAUUAAGACUCUGAAAGAUCCUAGAGGUAUAUUAUUAAGAUCAAAUUGUACAUAAAGUGUACAUAAGAGUGUGAAACUCUUGAGUGUUAGACUGUAGUUAUCUUUAGAGAUGGUGAUGCACCAGACCUCGAGUGGGCAGUCUAAGCAUGAUUGACCAGGAUAUUGGAUGGGAGAGAGUUUGAGUUAUGAAGAGAGAGUGGAUACAAUGGGGUAGUUUUCCUUGGAGCGGAGGAGGCUAAGGAGGAACGUGAUUGAGAUGUAUAAAAUUUUCCCAUUGGAGAGAUCAAUGACCAGGGCAUAGAUUUAAAGUAAGCGGCAGGAGGUUUAGAGGGAAAGUGAUGGCAGGGGUUGAAAUUACCAACAGAGUGUUGGGAAUCUGGAACUCUCUGCUUAUAAGAAUGGUAGAGACUGAAACAACAUUUAAGAUGCAAGGCUGUGGGCCAAGAGCUGGAAAAUGGGUUUUAAAUCGUUAGGUGUUUGUUUUUGGCCAGCAGAGAGUCGAGGGACCGUUUUUUCUGUGCUGUCGGCUUCUAUGACUCAAUUGACUGUCUAAGGAAGCAGAGUCUCAGUGGUAUAGGAUAAAACCCCAAAAUCCCAACCGGCCAAACUCAUGAAAACUGAUUGAUUCAGGGUUUAUUAGUAAUGGCUGAUCAAACCACAAUUAUUUGGAACUAACAGAUAACUCGGGAAAAUUUGUGAUGUUAAGUGACUUCUUUAGUAGACUAAGGGGCAGCAGGUGCUGUGUAGUACAGCUAGGCUAAAAAUGAAUUUGUACUCCUGUAUAUUAAUUGCCAAUAAUGCUACUUCAAGCACAACAUUGCAUUCUCAUUUUACUUCAGUUCAUGUGAUAGUAAAUAUACGUUAAAGGCCAAGUUUCCUAUAAGAUGAAAUACUUGAUAAUUUCUGAUAGCGUUAU